AUGAACUUUGCAUUGCUUUUUGUACUGACGGCAGCGCUGGUGGUGAAUGGUCUGCCUAGCGCACAGAAUCCCGUACCGAUCGCCAGUCCCGAUGACCUGGAUGACAUGGAGUACGAGCAGGACAACGAUGGGGACUCGCAUGUCCCGCCGAUUGUCGUAAAGCGUCUGAACGAGGCUGGGGAACCGAUCCCAUUGGUGCAGAUUCCGGACAAAGCGGGCGAAUUCCAGGUAAUGUCGCGUAUGGACGUACAGGAGUACAGGAAGAACGCCACAAACUUCGAGGCCACCAAGUAUGUGCGGUUCUUCCUCUACCGGGCAAACAUGACCGGAGUGCGGUACGAGUUCAGCUUGGACGGAGUGGAUACACUCGUCAGUGUUGGCUUCCGGCUGGACCUGCCGACGGCCAUCCUCGUGCACGGUUGGCUCGGAAGCUCGGAGUCGGAAGUGAUCGGCCCGCUAGCGAAGGCACUGCUCGAGCAGGACAACAAGAAUGUGAUUGCGGUCGACUGGGAGAAGGGGGCCAGCACGCUGCUCUACCCGGUCGCCCGGUACCGCGUGCCCAAGGUGGCGGACGUCGUGGCCGCACUGAUCGACAAUCUCGUGUCCGGGUACGGGCUGGACAUUAACCGGGUAGGAAUCAUCGGCCACAGUCUCGGGGCGCACAUUGCCGGCAUCACUGCCCAACGGGUCCGCAGCGGAAAGAUCGCCUACAUCGUUGGGCUCGAUCCGGCGUCCCCGCUGUUCCGGGUGAAGAAGCCGGACGAGCGGCUGUCGCCCGAUGACGCGAAGUACGUGGAGAUCAUUCACACAAAUGGGAAGGCUCUCGGGUUCUACGCGAACAUCGGGCAGGCCGACUUCUACCCAAACGGCGGCGUAACUCAGCCGGGAUGCGGGAUCAGCUUCACCUGCAGUCAUGCACGGGCGGUGGACUUCUUCAAGGAGUCGCUGAAGAAUCGCAAUUACUAUGCGGGCCGCUGCGACGAUCUAACGAACCUCGGACCUAACUGUUCCACCAGCCGAACAGCCAUCGGGGGCCUUGUCUGGCGUUCUUCGAAGCCAUCCGGCGUGUACUACAUGUCGACGGCCUCGAUUGCUCCGUUCCUACGAAGUGGCGCCCUCAUGACACGCGAUUCUUCUCUAUGGCUGAUGGUUUUCGUGCCACUCGUCGCUCUUAUUCGAUGGUGA